CCAAGCAAGUAUAUUAAAAUGUUUGAAGAUCUUCAAGAUUUUAUGGACCCUUCCAGAAAUAUGUCCAAGUAUAGGAAUUUAGUAAAUUCGGAGCACGUGCAGCCGCCAGUGAUUCCUUUCUUUCCUGUGGUUAAAAAAGAUCUCACUUUUAUCCAUCUUGGGAAUGAUUCUAUUGUUGAUGGUUUGAUAAAUUUUGAAAAACUCAGAAUGAUUGCUAAAGAAGUUAGAACGAUAUGUCGAAUGGGAGCAUCGUAUUUCGAUCCAAAAAAUAUGUUUGAUCACACGUCAACUAUUGGUGGACCCAGUGUUGCGUUUGCUGUGCUAGGAGCUGUAGCUGGACCUACAGUGGCUGCACAGCGGAGAAAAACAUAUGGAAGAAGGAAUUCUACGCUGCCUAACCCCAAGAAAAUAUGGGAAGAGUCACAAAUGGCAAGGAAAGUUAAAGAGCACAUCAAAAAUGCAAAGAUACUGAGAGAUGAGAAAGAGCUUAUACAGUUAUCGAUGAACUGUGAGGGCACUCUUUUAACAGAUAAACAGCCAUCAAAUACAUCAACGCUUUCUCUGAACACUGCCCCUAGUCCUGCUAUGAGAAGGAACACGCUGCCAAAUUUGACAGAGAGUACAGUAGCAAUAACCCAAACCAAGACAACUACGUCAGUGGCAUCAACUCAAGCGCAAGCAAAAAGGAUGACUUUUCCAGAUGAACCCAAAACAAAAUUUGGUGCCAAAUCACCUACCACACUCAGGAAGCUGCUAGCCUUGUCCGAGGAAGGUGAGAAAAGACUUAAAAAGCAAGGGAAAUUGAACAUAUUCAGGCCAACAAAGAGUGCAAAUACUUCACCAACGUCCUCACCGACGAAUUCACCUCCGGAGGUUAGGAGGCAGCAGCUUCGAAGGCCGCCAAGUUUACAGCGUUCGCACACAGAUACUAGCGAAAGUGGUGUCGGAAGUGCAAGUAGUAGUAUUGGUAGCUCAGAUGCACAUACAACAGAUAGGGUCAGGGGUCACAUUCCAGGGGGUUCAACAAGGUCAUCUUAUACCAGCUCCUAUGAUACGACAAGUUUAGAUUCAGCGCAUAGUGCCGCAAGUUACGACAGUCGCAGUGUUUCAUCAGUCGGGUCAUCCUCACCACCAGUCCGUGAAACGAGGCGUCAGCUUAUCAGAGCUCGUCAUUUGUCACCCCCUCCUGUUAUGAACUGUAGACCAGUAUCCAGUCAUUCAUCAAGACCGCCAUAUUACCAUGGCAAUAAACUGCCCCUACCAACACCCUUUGGAAGUCUCCCUCCUCCCCCAGACUAUCGAACAGCGACGGCCAACUUAGCAAACAGUCCAUACAAAUCGCAACAACCGCACCAGCAGCAGCUACUAUCCACCUCCCAACCUCAAGAGAGACGCCUGUCAAACCCACCCGACUAUCAUGUUGCUACGGCGACACGUACACGGACAGCUCCACUAGAAAACAGUGAGGAGCUUGAAGAUUACUAUGAUGAAGAUGGAGAGCAAGUAUCUGUUGUUUAGCAACCGACCUGAUGUACAACUUGUAAAUAUGAAGCGUAUUUUAAUCUGUGAUGACUGUAUAUGAAUUGUAAUUGGUUGGAUCACAUCACAUGACCAACACCUCCAUUUCCUGUUGGAUCCAGACCUUGCAUGAUUGAUGUGUGAUUCGUCUUGGUAGUUACCUGUACCAUUGGAAUAAAUCUUGCCACCACAUGUGAUUUUAAACUAUUGGAUGUCAUUGUCAGCUGAUCACCAUGUGACCUUGUAUAUUAAUGUGUAAAAUGUUUUCUCCAGUGAUGCAAAACUCUGUACAUAGAGUUCUCUUUAAAGUCUACUUUCCACAGAACUUUUAUUGUCUGUCUUUCUGCGUGUAUAAAGGACGUUAUUGGAAAGAUGGAUUGAAUGGUUUAUGCAAUUGUUGUUUUCUCCAUAUUUGUAUCAUGUUUAUGCAUUGCAAUACUGUGAAUAGGAAGACACUGCCCAUUCCAGAUUAACCCUGGGCACUUCAUAUUAGUUCUGGUCUGACAAUUGUGCAGUAUUUAACACUAGGUGCAAAUAUUGAUAAAUUCAUUUUUACUGUAAAAUAUUAUUAUAACCUCUUUUUGAAGAAAUCAAUCUUUGCUUUUUCUUCUUGACAACAUCCUAAAUUUGUUUGUCUAGUACUGCUUGCCUGUCAUAUUAUAAUCUGAUUAACUUCCUGCAGACCAGUGAGGGCACCAUACUAUUCUUAAUUAAAGUUGUCAACUAACAGACAUUGCCUCAAAGCCAUCAGUGAAGCGCUAUUGGCAGUAUUCAGGCAUUCUGUGAAAAGCUAUUCUGAUUGGCUGGCAGUAGUUACUGUACUGUUCUUGUGAAUCCUCUUAAUGAGCGAUGAGGGACAGACAAUUUCUUUGUUACAUUUUAAAUCGUGCUAUACAUACGUACUGGUAUUUACAGCGUCUUGAUUAGUUUGGAAAUAAUGCUACUCUGUACUGUUUCACCCUCCUUUAUACGUCUUCCCCACCUGUACAUUAAUGGAACUACCCCAAAGUGCAAAUUGUGUUUUUCUUGGAACAAUUCUACCCACAAUGCAUUAGAAAUUUAUGCAUCUUGUGACCUUAAUUUUGGACAAAGGUCAUAUACCAUUAAAAGUACUUUAAACUUAUUUAGACUGUUAUUGUCCGUUUUGGUCACAACAUUUUUAAUUUAAAGAUUUGUAAUCUUAUUCAAGUCACACAUGGCAUCUGUAAUCAACUUAAAGUAAGCUGUCACAUUUUUUAUCAAAAUCACUUUUAUAAGUGUUUCAAUGAACUUUUAAACUUAAUCCUAUCACCAUGUAGACAUUUUGUUUUGUAAGUUAAACAUGCUCGAUCUAACUGCCAUUUGAGAAAUUAAUCCUGGAAUCAAUAAAAUGUUUUAGUGAAUGACCUGAAUUAUCUUGACACAAAUUUUGUCAUUUUAUCCCAGUUCUUCUGAAUUCCUUCUUCCAAUUUUUUGUCACAAGGAGGUAUUUAAUUAUGUUAAAAUCAGUUUUUGUGCAUUAUUAUUUUUGGACAGAAUAUUGUAAUAUAUAUUUUUAGUGAAUAUUCCAAUGUGAAUGCAGGUUUAAUACUGAAAAUGUCUUUUUCCCCCAAUUACGUGUUCGAUACACAACAUCCUGUAAAUAUAUAUCUAUACUGUGUCCGCAUGCUGCAUAGACAUGGAAAUAAACUUGGAAAUCCAAAUUUA